GAGCCGGGCGGAAGUGAAGAGGCACACAAGAAGCAGAGCGCGAGCGGACAGUCAGUCAGUGGCGGAGAAUUCAGUGGCUUUGGCGGCCGUGGCCGGGGAGUGGAUUCCGCCGAUAUAUAUAUAUAUAAUAUAAUAUAAUAUAAUAAUAACUAAAGGGUGGAAGAAACAAAAAAGAGGGAGAUCAAAACUAAGAAUUUUUUUUUGUGAACCCGCGUCCGCUGCUGCUGUUGUUUAGUUUAGUUUUUUUUUUGUUUGACGGCCAGUCAGUCGUCAGACACCUGGAGCAGCUGCUGCUCUCGGCUCGGACAUGGUGGACUAUCACGAAACCAACUCGCAGAUGCAGCAGGGCAACCAUGGCAUCUACAUGCAGCCCGAGGACGACUGGGACCGCGAUCUGCUGCUCGACCCGGCCUGGGAGCGGCAACAGCGGAAGACUUUUACAGCGUGGUGCAACUCGCAUUUGCGAAAGGCAGGAACACAGAUUGAAGUAAUUGAAGAAGAUUUUAGAGAUGGUCUAAAACUUAUGUUGCUUUUGGAGGUGAUAUCAGGAGAGCGAUUACCAAAACCAGAACGUGGAAAAAUGAGGGUGCAUAAAAUAAAUAAUGUCAACAAGGCUUUGGACUUUAUUGCGUCCAAAGGGGUGAAGCUAGUUUCCAUUGGAGCAGAAGAAAUUGUGGAUGGUAAUGUUAAGAUGACCCUCGGUAUGAUCUGGACAAUCAUCCUUCGUUUUGCUAUUCAAGACAUAUCCGUUGAAGAAACAUCUGCCAAGGAGGGAUUGCUGCUCUGGUGCCAGAGGAAGACUGCGCCAUACAAGAAUGUGAAUGUGCAGAACUUCCACAUCAGUUGGAAAGAUGGCCUGGCGUUCAAUGCUCUCAUUCACAGACACAGACCAGAACUUAUUGAUUACGAUAAGUUGAGGAAGGAUGAUCCUCUCACAAACCUGAACAAUGCCUUUGAAGUGGCAGAAAAAUACUUAGAUAUACCCAAGAUGUUGGAUGCAGAAGACGUUGUGAAUACUGCCCGUCCUGAUGAGAAGGCUAUAAUGACCUAUGUCUCCUGCUUCUACCAUGCCUUUUCAGGAGCACAGAAGGCGGAGACUGCGGCCAAUAGGAUCUGCAAAGUUCUGGCAGUUAAUCAAGAGAAUGAACACCUUAUGGAAGAUUAUGAAAAGUUGGCGAGUGAUUUGUUGGAAUGGAUUCGCCAAACCAAACCUUGGCUUGAGAACAGGGAACCUGAGAAAACCAUGCAAGCUAUGCAGCAAAAACUGGAAGACUUCCGUGAUUAUCGGCGUGUCCACAAGCCACCAAAGGUACAAGAGAAGUGUCAGCUUGAGAUCAACUUCAACACCCUUCAGACCAAACUCCGCCUCAGCAACCGUCCAGCAUUUAUGCCUUCUGAAGGGAAAAUGAUCUCGGAUAUUAAUAAUGCAUGGCAAGGUCUGGAGCAGGCAGAGAAAGGGUACGAGGAAUGGCUGCUGAACGAGAUCAGGAGGCUGGAAAGACUUGAUCAUCUGGCAGAAAAAUUCAGGCAGAAAGCUUCCAUCCACGAAGAUUGGACCACAGAUAAAGAAGUAAUGUUGACACAAAAAGACUAUGAAACGGCAGCACUGGCUGACAUCAAGGCCUUUCUCAAGAAACACGAAGCGUUUGAGAGUGAUCUGGCAGCACACCAAGACAGAGUGGAGCAGAUCGCUGCCAUCGCACAAGAGCUCAAUGAUUUGGAUUAUUAUGACUCUCCCAAUGUAAACGCUCGAUGCCAGACGAUUUGUGACCAUUGGGACACUCUGGGCUCUUUAACACAGAGUAGGAGGGAUGCCCUGGAGAGGACUGAAAAACUGCAGGAAACAAUUGACCAGCUGUAUCUGGAAUAUGCUAAAAGAGCUGCACCUUUCAACAAUUGGAUGGAGGGCGCGAUGGAAGACCUGCAGGAUAUGUUUAUUGUCCAUACUACUGAGGAGAUUCAGGGUCUCAUUGCAGCUCAUGAACAAUUCAAAGCAACGUUACCAGACGCUGAUAAGGAGCGGGAAGCAAUUCUGGGCAUCCACAAUGAAAUGAUGAAAAUUGCCCAGUCUUAUGACAUUAAGCUCUCUGGUGUAAAUCCAUACACAUCCAUUACCUCGCAGAGUAUUAAUGAUAAAUGGAAUAAUGUCCAGGAGUUGGUGCCAGCAAGAGACCAAGCCUUGCAAGCAGAAUUUAACAAACAGCAGUCCAAUGAAAACUUGCGCGAGCAGUUUGCAAAUGCAGCCAACGUUGUUGGUCCCUGGAUUCAGACCAAGAUGAAGGAGAUUGGACGGAUUUCUAUUGAAAUGCACGGUACACUGGAAGACCAGCUAAAUCAACUGAAGCAGUAUGAGAACAGUAUCAUCAAUUAUAAACCCAAUAUUGACAAACUGGAACAGGACCAUCAACUCAUUCAGGAGGCCCUCAUCUUUGACAACAAGCACACCAACUACACCAUGGAGCACAUCCGAGUUGGCUGGGAACAGCUGCUGACAACGAUUGCCAGAACUAUUAAUGAAGUAGAAAACCAAAUCCUCACCCGUGAUGCAAAAGGCAUCAGCCAAGAGCAGCUCAACGAAUUUCGGUCAUCGUUCAAUCACUUCGACAAGGACCAUAGCGGGAAACUGGGACCUGAAGAGUUUAAAGCCUGCCUUAUCAGCUUGGGCUACGAUGUUGGAAAUGACCAACAGAAGCGAACCGGGCUGAUGGACGUGGAUGAUUUUCGAGCUCUACUUAUCUCUACGGGCUACAGUCUGGGUGAAGCCGAGUUUACGCGUAUAAUGGGUGUUGUUGCCCCCAACAACACGGAGGAAAUAUCAUUCCAGGCUUUCAUCGACUUCAUGUCACAGGAGACAACAGACACUGAUACAGCUGAACAAGUCAUGGCCUCUUUCAAGAUUUUGGCUGGGGACAAGAACUUCAUCACGGCAGACGAGCUGCGGCGGGAGCUCCCUCCAGAUCAAGCUGACUACUGCAUUGCCCGGAUGGCUCCGUACAGAGGACCCGACACAGUGCCUGGCGCCCUGGAUUACAUGUCUUUCUCCACAGCUCUGUACGGCGAAAGUGAUCUGUAAUCCCCACCAGCAAAUUUUCUUUUCCAUAGCCAGCCCACUCUUUCCUUACUCCCCCCUGGAGCAUGCACGCGCAUUCUCUCCACCACCACCUGAACAUGCCAGUGCUAUCCGCAGCGUUUUGCAGUUGGCAUACACAAUUUACCAAGGAACCUUUUGCUGUACAUUCCAUUAUGUGUCUUAUAUUAUGACUUCAUUAGUCUUAAAUCUAUGCAAAUUUCCAUUUUGCGUUUCUAUAUUGGGGUGCAAAACUUUUUUCUGUACAUUCUGCACAGACACACUACUUGGAGCACCAACUGUUAAUUCAUAAGUGCCAACGGACCUGUAUGAAUCAGUCUCACAGGAAUUUGGAGGUUUUGAUGUUAAAUUCUAGAAAUUCCAUAGGAAACUGGCACCUUUGUAUUUUUCCAAAUGUACUCGAUACUGUAAAACUAAAUAUUUUUGUAUUAUAAAUAUCCUAUUUUCACGUCUUCCCCCACCCCACCCCACACAAACUCUGAACCAAGGUAUAAAGAUGUGCUGCUUCAAUUAAUUUUCUUUCUGCAGCCAAUUUGUAGAAUAAUUUUCACCAGGUGGGCCACAAAUGUUUUUGUUUAUAUGGAUAAGGUAUUUAGUUCUACAGUGCAGUAUAUGCUUUGAAGGAGGAUGCGGUUACCUGGCAAUUGUUUUUAACCGAAAAUCGUGGCUGAUUUAGAUUUUUUUUGCGAGUUUUUUUCUCUCUCUUUAAUUCAGUGUUCCAGAGUAGUCCCUACUGCCCUUGCUGAACAGAAUCUGUGUCUAGACUUUGGGAGUGUUUGGACAGGUCAGGCGACAUGCUGAAUAGGCAGCCCUUUACUGAAAUGCAGGAGGAAUAAAUAAAUUGCUGGCAGUGGGUAUUAAGACAGUAACACGUUUGACUUUCUGAUGGCUUCUCAAAUAAACCAUGCGACCUUAGUGGUGUCUUGGGUUUAACAGCGCCCCAAGGGUGAUUUGCUGUUCGCUGUUGCAGUUAUUUAUUAUGAAUAGCUUGUUAAAAUAGCGUUGGCUUUAGCUACUGUUGUGCAGUUGAGGCAGUGUUGAAUUCUAAAGGGGACUGGGCUUGAAUCUGGAGUGUUUUGCUACCACAUUUACUUGUCGGGACUGAAGGAGUAAGACAAGAAAUCAUGGCAGGUACUGCAAUGCUCUCCUUUGUCCAGUGGCAUCAUGUUAUUGCAGAUUCCCACCGGGAAGUUUGAAUCAUUCAUGUAAACUGAUCAUGGAACAGAACAGCAAAGUAGAUGGGUGUAAAAUUACUGAAAUGCACAGUCUAUAAUCCUAAAUCAUGAAAGUAUAAUCUUUGGUGAACGCAAAUGGGGAUGCUCACUGUAUGCCCAAGAAUGAAAUUGGAUGGAAACUUGAGAUAUGCCUACCCAGAAACGCAUCACGAGUCUGCUUGAAGUCGGCAGCUAGGAUUAAGUGCUGUAACUAACACGGUGAUGAACUGGGACUGUCAGCUAUGUGUCUUGACACUUCCAGCUAUGCAGUUGGAUAGUGAGCCCAGUGCUCGAAGCAUUGGUACAACUGUAACUGGCUAUGGUGACUGAGUGACUUCACCUCAAACGGAGAGGAUGGUUUCCCCCAUUUAAAUAGUUAUGCCAGGGGUAAAAUAGGUUAUUUUUGAGGUAGGAAAAGUAUUUAUCUCUCCAUAUUUAAUCUGUUCAUGUACAUACUGCAGUGGUCUAUAAUUUGAAUGACUGCCUUUUUAAAUAAAAAAAAAACAAAGCUGGGCUUUUUCUGUGAGGGUACUGAGUUUUUUUGCAGAAAGAAGUCUUUAGGGGUGGGGGGGGGGGGGGUUGGGAGGUGGAAAUGGGGGCUUUUGUUUUAAUUUUUGAUUCUCCUUGCUCCUCGGACUUAGACGUUGAAUUGUUGUUGCUGUGAGAAAUAGGCUGGCCUUGAGAGAGUAUAACUGCAGUUCUUGGUGGUGUGGAAGGGCUUUUUGCUAUUUACCUUAAUAUGGGACUUGCUAUACGACAUAUAUAUAUAUAUAUCUCAUCUGAAAUUCUCAUGGACUGUAAUUACUGCUUGGUUUUUAAAAGAGGAAAUAAAUUGAACAUUCUCUGGAUUUAAAAAAAAAACAUUCCAAUGGACAAAUGAGAUUUUCUGGAAUAUUAGAAAUAUUGUGAACAUUUUCUUCCCCUUUGUAGCCUCCUUGCCAUAAUUGUGAAGUAUAAGUGAGGGCUGCCUUUCUACAUUUGAUUUAAGGGUGUUUUCAGAGGGUCUCUGCUACCUUAGCCCUAUUAGAUGAAAUAAAUCAUCACUAUUUUUGAGAAAUAAAAACUCCCAGACUCUUUAUUUUAAA